GAAGCCGUGCAGUGACCACAAGCAAGAUGGCCGCCGAGGGAGUCCACAUUUGCCGAGGCGGAAUGCAGUAGGCGGGGCCGCGAGCCUUGUGUCAAACUUUGGGAAUGACACCAGGAGUGCUGCAGGAUUCGCAAAGAAGGGAAAGUGUCGCCCUUGUUGCCGCUCCUUGGAUUUCUUGGGAUUUCUUUUUCUUUUUUAAACGCCCAGCCUGUGGAGCCGAGACUUUUUCUUCGACGGUGUCAAAUUGCAUAUACCUCAGCCAUGUCGGAGGACCUGAGUUCCCAACCGUGGUCCAUUCGUAAAGAUGACUAUGAGCUCCAAGAGGUGAUUGGGAGCGGGGCCACAGCUGUGGUUCAAGCCGCCUACUGCACACCGCGCAAGGAGAAGGUGGCCAUCAAACGCAUCAACCUGGAGAAGUGCCAGACCAGCAUGGACGAACUCUUGAAAGAGAUCCAGGCCAUGAGCCAGUGCCACCACCCAAACAUCGUGUCUUACUACACCUCAUUCGUGGUGAAGGAUGAGCUGUGGCUGGUCAUGAAGCUACUAAGUGGCGGCUCAGUGCUGGAUGUGAUCAAGCACAUCAUCUCACGAGGCGAGCACAAAACGGGCGUCCUGGACCAGGCCAGUAUAGCCACCGUCCUAAAAGAUGUGCUCGAAGGCCUCGAGUACCUGCACAAGAAUGGACAGAUACACAGAGAUCUCAAAGCUGGAAACAUUCUUCUGGGAGAAGACGGUUCUGUGCAAAUCGCAGACUUUGGCGUGAGCGCCUUCCUAGCCACAGGCGGCGACAUGACCCGAAAUAAAGUGCGCAAGACGUUUGUGGGAACGCCGUGCUGGAUGGCGCCCGAAGUCAUGGAGCAGGUCAAGGGCUACGAUUUCAAAGCGGACAUCUGGAGUUUCGGGAUCACGGCCAUCGAGUUGGCCACCGGGGCGGCGCCGUACCACAAAUAUCCCCCGAUGAAGGUGCUGAUGCUAACGCUGCAGAACGACCCGCCGGGUCUGGAGACCGGCGUCACCGACAAGGAGAUGGUGAAGAAGUACGGCAAGUCCUUCAGGAAGAUGAUCUCCAUGUGUCUACAGAAGGAUCCAGAAAAAAGGCCAACAUCCUUGGAGUUGCUGAAGAAUAAAUUCUUCCAGAAAGCUAAGACGCACGACUACCUCCUUGAUAAACUUCUUCAGAGGGCUCCCACAAUAUCAGAGCGGUCCAAAAGGGUACGUCGCGUUCCGGGUUCCAGCGGGCGUCUGCACAAGACUGAGGACGGCGAGUGGGAGUGGAGCGACGACGAGCUGGACGAAGAGAGCGAAGAAGGCAAAGCCGCCGUGGCCGCCUUGAGGUCGCCGAGAGUGAAGGAGGCGUCGCAGAACUCAGAGAUGUUCCGGACGCCGGAGCCUUCGCGCGUACCGCCUCCCGCUGCUGCCGACGAAGCAGCGCUACCUCAGGCUGCCGGCGCGCUUCCGCCGCCCGCGCAGCCCGCGCCCGCCGCCCCUCACCCUGCGUCGCAAGCAACAGGCGGAGGAACGGCCGCUACUGCGCCGACACCGGUUCCUCCACCCUCAAGCGACGAGACGUCUCCCAUUAAUUUGGUAUUACGGUUAAGAAAUACAAAGAGGGAGCUAAAUGAUAUCCGCUUUGAGUUCAUGCCAGGCAGGGACACAGCAGACGGAGUCUCUCAGGAGCUGGUCUCAGCGGGCCUGGUGGAUGGGAGGGAUUUAGUAAUAGUUGCUGCAAAUUUGCAGAAAAUAGUUGACGAGCCUCAAACCAAUAAAAAUGUCGUUUUUAAACUGGCUUCCGGAAUCGAGGGAUCGGAAAUACCAGAUGACGUCAAAUUGAUAGGCUUUGCUCAGCUCACCAUUAUUAGCUAAACUGGUGUUUACUACCUGGGGACCGUGACUUGCCUAAAAGAUGUGAAAAUUUGAAAAAAAAAAAAAAAAAAGUAGAUAAAUAUAUAGAGAUUAUUGCAUUUUUUUCUAUGGCUGUAAAGAAAACCACUACUGCCAAAGAAAACAGCACCAUUCAACGGCCGCCUUGUUGAAUGAGGCGGCGGGCUGAAGUAUGACGUCGUACAGUAUGAGAAUCACUCGAAAAAAACGUUUACAGUGUAUUUGUUCGAUGGCUGCGAGGAUGUACAACCAGCGUUUGGAUUCUUCUUUUGCUUUCCUCUGAAUUUGGAUGCAUUCGCACAAUCUCAACUUAUCAAUGCCUUAUGUUCAGCAGAACUACUGAAUGCGCUUUUUUUUUUUUUUCCUCGCUAUAAUGUACAAUGUUCGGUUUCAGUCAUCACCAAUCUGUUAUACCGUGGAGAAUCACGCGCGCGCACACACACAGAAAUCAAAACUGUAUUUAAAAACUUCAUACGUCAGUCACGAUUACACGGAAGACAAGUCAAUUGUUCGGAACUCUUUUUGUGACCUAUUUAUUUACAUUUGCGUUGAUGACGUGGUAUGUUAAUGUGUGUCCUUGAGCUAGCAUCCCAAAAUCAAACCCAAGCUGUGUCAGACUUUUUGCUGCAUGGCACCGAAAAUUCUGAGCAUCGGCGUAAACAUUAAUGAUUGCCUUAAUAUUUCUGGUCUUGCAAUAAUAGCCUUGCAGAUGUGUACAAAAAAAAACAAAAAACUGAACUUGACGUCAACAUAGGAUUGGCGCGAUGCUAACAUUUUCGGAAAUGUCAAUGUAUACCAUAAUAAUUGUGGCCUUAUUGAUACUGUUCAUCUGAGAUAAAAGUUGCAUGAAAAUCAGACGUAGACAUACGAGAAAUGCUAGCAUCAUUUAAAUGUUGUUUUUUUUUUCUGUCCCGACACAUUCUGGGGAGCGUUGAAGGAAGACAAUACUGCGGCUUCUCAUCCUUCGCCGAUUGAAAAGUUUUCUGCCUUUUGUAUACAAAGAAAACACAAUGGACAAGUAUCUUUGUAAAGCGUGCAUUUGUACCACCGUACAGCCCCCCGCUCAUGUGUGUUUACCAAGUAUUUUGAUGGUGAAUGUGCAGUGGGUGUAGCAGUGAGUCAAUCAGCUCUUUACGCUCGCCUUACAUUUUGAAAAUGAACAAUCGUCAUCACUUUUCUCCUCGUGCCAGCGUCCGAGUUGCGGGAGUGUGAGCGAGUGAAUGCUCCUAAAACUCCUAUUGUUCGGGCAAGAAACUCUUUUGGGUCUGGACUGUAGUAGCCUAAGACUAAUCACUAUCCAUGCUUUCGUUUGCUCUGCUUAGGGAGUUCCAAGCAUGUCUCUUUCAUCAAUAAAGAAUGAGCAUUA